AUGCGAUCACAUCCUUACCAAUAUAAUGGAACCAUACCCGAAGCUAAAAAAGCCGGAGCAAUUGAUCGUUUAGAAAAUGGAGAAACAAAAUUAAAGUUGAUAACUUUAUUUCAAGAGAAUAUGAAUUAUAUCAAGUUAACAGAGAUACCACAUGCGAUCAACGAUGAAAUGCCAAAUAUUUUAACACAACACGAAAGUGGAAACGGUCAAGAAAUAAUUGUUCGACUAUCAGAACCAUAUCAAAAGAUGAAACAUGAUAUUCUACCCACAUUCAAUCGUGAUUCUGAUAAUGAUGAAAUGAAAGAAAAAUCAUCUAAAUAUCAGGUUCAUCAAAAUAUCGAACAAAAUGUUGAGGAAUGGUUAAAAAAACUACGAUAUAUUGAUGAUGAAAAGAAAGAUGAUACUCAAGAAUGUAAUGAUCAAAAGGAGAUAAAAGUUAAAGAAGUGGUUAAUUUACGCAUUAUAUUCGAUAAUGACGAUGAUAUGAAUUCUAUUUCCCCUUUACAAAGGGAUGUACUAGAAUUUUUAUUUAGGGAUUGA